GCCCCGCUGCCGGGGGGAGAGGCUGCCCGGCGCUGCCCGGCCCCCCGCCGCUCGCCGCAGACCCGCGCACGCACAGGGGCAGCCGGGCGCUUGAGCCAUGAUUGCCGCGGCUUUCCUGGUCCUGUUGAGACCCUACAGCAUCCAGUGCGCCCUCUUCUUGCUCCUGCUGCUGCUGGGGACCAUCGCUACGAUUUUAUUCUUCUGCUGCUGGCACCGCAGGCUCCAGAAAGGGAGGCAUCCCAUCAAAUCUGUCUUUUCAGGUCGCUCAAGGAGCCGAGAUGCUGUUAUGAGAACUCAUCACUUUCGCUCUGAGGUAAUUUAUUUAGCACGCAAUUUCAAGGGCUUUAGAUCAAGUCCUCGUCAUGCUAGAAGGCGUGUAGCGCCUCGCCUUGAGGAAACACAACCUCUAGUGGAAGCUCACCACCUAAGUGAGCAGGAAACUUCUGUAAGGAAAAGAAGAAUCAAGAAAAGCAGCCGAGUUCAACCCGAAUUUUAUCAUUCUGUUCAAGUUACCCCAACUCGAAAACCUAGCUCCGGCAACGCAUCCUACCGAUGCUCCAUGUCGUCCUCCGCCGAUUUCUCCGACGAAGAGGACUUAAGCCAGAGGUCGGGGACAGUGUCGCCGGCGCCGGGGGACACGCUGCCCUGGAACCUGCCCAAACACGAGCGGUCCAAGCGAAAGAUCCAGGGCGGCUCCGUGCUGGACCCCGCCGAGAGGGCCGUGCUGCGCAUCGCCGAUGAGCGGGACAAAGUACAAAAGAAGACCUUCACAAAAUGGAUAAAUCAGCAUCUCAUGAAGGUUCGAAAGCAUGUGAAUGACCUGUAUGAAGACCUAAGAGAUGGACAUAACUUGAUCUCACUUUUAGAAGUCCUUUCUGGAGACACCUUGCCAAGAGAGCGAGAUUUUUUGAAGACCUUACGGUUGGUGAGUUCUACAGACGCAUGCGCAAAUGAACAGCAUGAGGAUGUGGAGGAUGAGGAUAAGGGGCCCCGAGAAAAAGGUCGGAUGCGUUUUCACAGACUCCAGAACGUCCAAAUUGCACUUGACUAUUUGAAAAAACGCCAGGUGAAACUGGUUAACAUUAGAAAUGAUGACAUAACAGAUGGGAAUCCCAAAUUGACUUUGGGGUUGAUAUGGACCAUAAUUUUGCACUUUCAGAUAUCUGAUAUCCAUGUUACUGGAGAGUCAGAAGACAUGUCUGCUAAAGAGAGGCUGCUCCUGUGGUCACAGCAGACAACCGAGGGUUAUGCUGGAAUCCAUUGUGAAAAUUUCACUACCUGCUGGCGUGAUGGAAGGUUAUUUAAUGCCAUCAUUCAUAAAUACAGGCCGGACCUGAUAGACAUGAAUACCGUUGCUGUUCAAAGCAACCUUGCAAAUUUAGAACAUGCUUUUUUUGUAGCAGAAAAACUUGGUGUUGCCAGACUCCUGGAUCCUGAAGAUGUUGAUGUUUCCUCGCCUGAUGAGAAGUCAGUAAUAACCUAUGUGUCAUCACUUUAUGAUGCAUUUCCCAAAGUACCAGAAGGUGGUGAAGGCAUCAGUGCAAAUGAUGUGGAAGUCAAAUGGGUUGAAUAUCAGAAUAUGGUGAACUACCUCAUGCAGUGGAUCAGACACCAUGUUGCGAUAAUGUCUGACAGAACAUUUCCCAACAAUCCUGUGGAGCUAAAGGCACUUUAUAAUCAAUAUUUGCAGUUUAAAGAAACAGAAAUUCCACCAAAAGAAACAGAUAAAUCAAAAAUUAAACGUCUAUAUAAACUGCUAGAGGUCUGGAUAGAAUUUGGACGCAUCAAACUUCCUCAAGGCUAUCAUCCAAAUGAUAUAGAAAAGGAAUGGGGAAAGCUUAUUAUUGCCAUGCUGGAAAGAGAGAAGAUCCUUCGGCCUGAAGUAGAGAGGUUGGAAAUGCUACAGCAGAUUGCAAACAGAAUUCAGCGGGACAGCCAAAGCUGUGAGGACAAACUAAUACUUGCCCGGAAUGCUCUGCAUUCUGACGCCAAGCGAUUAGAGUCAGGGCUCCAGUUACAACAUGAAGCAGAGAUAGCUGGGUAUCUUCUUGAAUCUGAGAACCUUCUCCGCCAGCAAGUGAUUGAUGCCCAAAUUCUUAUUGAUGGAAAAUACUAUCAGGCAGAUCAGCUUGUGCAAAGAGUUGCAAAACUUCGUGAUGAGCUGGUGGUCAUACGGACCGAAUGUUCUUCUGUGUACAACAAGGGGCAUGCACUGACAACAGAGCAAACAAAGCUGAUGAUAUCAGGAAUAACUGAAAGCUUAAACUCAGGAUUUACAACAAACCUAACCCCUGAAUUAAAUGCUGCAAUGACCCAAGGUUUAACACCUAGUUUGACUUCUUCCAGCUUGACUUCUGGCCUUUCAUCGGGCCUUACUUCCAGACUGACCCCAACCGUCACUCCCGCUUACACACCAGGCAUCCCACCACGGUUAAUUCAAAGCUAUGUGACAGGAGUAGACAGUGGGACUCUGCAAACACUCAAACUGACGCAAGUCAGAAAACCUCUUAUGAAAUCAGCUUUUGUGGAUCAGAAUUUAACAGAAGAAGAGGUGAACAUGAAAUUUGUCCAGGACCUGUUGUGCUGGGUAGAAGAAAUGCAGAUGCAACUUGAUCGAGCAGAAUGGGGAUCAGAUUUACCAAGUGUUGAAAGCCAUUUAGAAAAUCACAAAAAUGUCCACAAAGCUAUUGAGGAAUUUGAAUCCAGUCUUAAAGAAGCUAAAAUCAGUGAGAUCCAGAUGACUGCUCCUCUUAAACUCAGUUAUGCAGAAAAAUUGCACAAACUGGAGAGUCAGUAUUCAAAACUCUUGAAUACAUCGAGAAAUCAGGAAAGACAUCUAGAUACUCUUCACAAUUUUGUGUCUCGUGCUACUAGAGAGCUGAUAUGGCUGAAUGAGAAAGAGGAGGAAGAGGUUGCAUAUGACUGGAGUGAAAGAAACCCCAAUAUAGCAAGAAAAAAGGAAUACCAUGCAGAAUUAAUGAGAGAACUUGAUCAAAAAGAGGAAGUUAUUAAGUCAGUACAAGAAAUAGCUGAGCAACUGCUUCUUGAAAAUCACCCAGCCAGGCUAACCAUUGAGGCCUAUAGAGCUGCAAUGCAGACACAAUGGAGCUGGAUUCUUCAGCUCUGUCACUGUGUUGAACAACAUUUGAGGGAAAAUGCUGCAUAUUUUGAGUUUUUCAGUGAUGCCAAAGAAGCCAUGGAAUAUUUAAAGAAUUUGAAAGAUACCAUAUACCGAAAAUACAGUUGUGAUAGAUCAAGCAGCCUUCGUAGACUGGAAGACCUUGUCCAGGAGUCCAUGGAAGAAAAAGAACAACUCUUGCAGUAUAAGAGCACAGUAGCUGGCCUUGUGGGGAGAGCAAAGGCAAUAAUUCAGCUGAAGCCAAGGAACCCUGACUGUAUACUCAAAACAUCCAUCCCAAUUAAAGCCAUCUGUGACUACAGACAAAUUGAGAUAACUAUUUACAAAGAUGAUGAGUGUGUAUUAGCAAACAACUCCCAUCGUGCUAAAUGGAAAGUUAUCAGCCCAAGUGGUAAUGAGGCCAUGGUUCCAUCUGUGUGCUUUACAGUUCCGCCACCAAACAAAGAAGCAAUAGAUACAGCCAACAGGAUUGAACAGCAAUUUCAGAAUGUUCUGGCCCUUUGGCAUGAGUCGCAUGUAAACAUGAAGAGUGUGGUGUCCUGGCAUUACCUGACAAAUGAAAUUGAAGCUGUUCGAGCUGGCAAUGUUGCCUCGAUAAAGACGAUGUUGCCAGGUGAACAUCAGCAGGUGUUAAGCAAUUUGCAGUCCCGCUUUGAUGAUUUUGUGGAAGAUAGCCAGGAGUCCAAAAUCUUCACCAGCUCCGAUACAGCACAGCUGGAGAGGGAAGUUGAUGUUUGCAAGCAAUACUAUCAAGAGCUUCUGAAAUCUGCAGAAAGAGAGGAGCAGGAAGAAUCUAUUUACAAUCUAUAUAUCUCUGAAGUCAGAAAUAUCAGACUUCAGCUGGAGAGUUGUGAGGAGCGGUUGGUGCGGCAGAUCCGAACCCCAAUGGAAAGGGAUGAUCUACGUGAAAGCGUGUUCAGGAUUUCAGAGCAAGAGAAAUUGAAGAAAGAACUGGAUCGACUGAAAGAUGACCUGGAAGUCAUCACAAAUAAAUGUGAAGAGUUUUUCAGUCAAGCUGCUGGUUCACCUUCAGUCCCUACUCUGCGUUCUGAACUCAAUGUUGUUAUUCAGAACAUGAACCAAGUUUAUUCCAUGUCUUCCAUUUACAUAGAUAAAUUAAAAACUGUAAAUAUGGUGCUGAAGAGCACCCAAGGAGCAGAAUCAUUAGUAAAACUUUACGAAACUAAGUUGUGUGAAGAAGAGGCAGUAACAGCUGACAAAAACAAUAUUGAAAAUCUGAUGGGUACAUUAAAGCAAUGGAGAUCUGAAGUAGACGAGAAAAGACAAGUGUUCCAUGCCUUAGAGGAUGAACUGCAGAAGGCAAAGAUGAUCAGUGACCAGAUGUUUAAAAUGCACAAGGAACGUGAUCUUGACUUUGACUGGCAUAAAGAAAAGGUUGAUCAAUUAGCCGAGAGGUGGCAAAACAUUCACUCUCAAAUUGAAAAUAGGUUGCGUGACUUAGAAGGUAUUAAUAAAUCUCUGAAGUAUUACAAAGAUACUUACAAUUCUUUGGACACGUGGAUUCAACAAGUGGAAGAUACUCAGCGAAAGAUUCAAGAAAUCCAUCCUGAAAAUAGCAAAGCGUUGGCUAAACAGCUGAACCAACAUAAGGUGCUGGUUUCUGAGAUUGAAAUCAAACAAAGCAAAAUAGAUGAAUGCCAGAAGUAUGCAGAACAAUACUCAGCUGCUGUGAAGGAUUAUGAAUUGCAGACUAUGACCUACAGAGCUAUGGUUGACUCCCAGCAAAAAUCUCCAGUGAAACGCCGAAGAAUGCAAAGCUCAUCAGACUUCAUUAUUCAAGAGUUCAUGGAUUUACGGACUCGUUAUACUGCCUUAGUGACCUUGAUGACUCAAUAUAUCAAGUUUGCAGGUGACUCUUUGAAAAGACUGGAAGAGGAAGAGAGCUUACCAGAGGAGAGUGAACUCCAGCAAUCUGUGAAGUCAGCUGAAGCCUUUCAACAUUUGGGAUGUAAUGAAGCUGUUGAAUUCAGAGAGGAAAACACGCCUAAUGAAAGCAUGGUGGAUGUGGAAUAUUUGCAAAAAGAUAACUCUUCCAGUAAACCUAAACACACAGAAAAUAAAUUGGAAAUUGACAGAAGAAAACUAGAUGUAGCCAGAUGUGAUAAAACCAAAAGUGAUAGAACAUUAAAGCAAUUUUUAAAUGUCAGUGGUCAAGAAAGUAGCACUAGUGGCAACAGAGUAAACAAGCUACAUACAGAGCAAGAGAGUUUAAUUGGUUUUGAUAAUCAAACUAAAGAAGAAGAAAAUGGUAGGAAAGAUCAUCUUGUUUCAGUGGAAGUCUGUCUGAGUAAGAGUAAUGGUCCUGGUGAAAUGCUAAAUGAGCAAAUUGUUAAUGGAGAGAGGCAGAAAACAGGAGGAGUAUCAAAGAAGUUACCUGAAAUGGAAAUGAUACACAAAAGCACAGGAAAAGAUUGUUCAAGAAAGGCAAGGAGUGAUGUUCCAACAAAGGAAGAAUGUGAGAUGCAAUUAGAAACCAAUUUUGAGCCAACAACAAAAAAAGAUGUAGUUACUCCAAAAUCUGGAAAGCAUGCUGUGGAUAUUAGCCCUUACAAGGAGCAACAUUUUUCACCAAGAACGCAUUUUGAAUGUCAGCACAGAGAGCAUUGCUUUGCAGAAAGUAAUAACCAUAAUACUUUAAACUCUUCAGAGUUUCAAGCAUGUGAUGAGAAAGGCAACUCUAUUUCAGGUGUAAGUGAUGCAACACCUUCAGAGAAAAUUGCAUCCUCUUUCAGAGAGCUAGCAGCACACAAUGAAAGCAAAAAACCACCAUUAAAUUUGCUAUCUGUGAGCAAUCCAGGCAUUUCUGGUAGUGUUGAAAGGGACACAAACAAACUGCACAGAGCAUCUCUGGAUAAAUGUUGCUUCAUAGCAGAAAAUGAAACACAAGAAAAAACAAAUUUAAAUCCAAAUGAAGCCAAGAGUACAAUGCGAGAAAUGUUGGCUGUUACUUCAGGAAAUAUUUCAGGGAAUCAGUAUGCGGCAAAAGUCUCUGAAUCUUAUCCAUUAGAUUUUGAAGUGUCACCUGUACAGAGUGAUCCAGGUUUAGGUAUGGAAUUGUUAGGAAAUGCUGGUGAUUUACAUGCAAAUAUAGCCCUCUCAGAGACUAAUUUUGAAGGAGAGGAUUGUUUUCCAUUAUCAGAACAUGGAUUAGCAAAAGAACUUUUGAGUCAUGAUGAGAAAGUAAAUGAGAAGAGAAUAUCAGAGGGUAAAAUUUGUGGCUUGGACAAUAUAAGUGGGAAGAAGCAGAGUGGAGAAGACAAGUUAAAACAGGGUCAGAAAUGUAAAGAUUUAUUGCUAGUUGCAGAAAUGAACAGUACAGAUAAGGGUCAUAGCACAAAGGUACCUCGAAAAAACACUGAACUCCAGAAAACGUUCUGUGAAAAAACAGGGAAAAAAGCCUCACUUGAAAAAAAAGAAAAGCCAAAAAAAAGAGACAAUGAUAAUGAAGAGAGAAGGAGAACAACUCAUUUUAAGAAGUCAAUGGAAGAAGAAAAGAAGGAACAUGUUGAGAAAGCUGGGGAUUUACUGAAAUGGGUGUCAAACCUCAGCAAGACACUCAGCAAAGAAGGAGGAGAAAAGGCUGAAAAGACAGAUGUGCCUAAGCAGCAGAUUUCCCUGGAUGAAAUUUCAACCAAGAAAGAACAAAUAGCUGAAGCUCUGCAGACUACUCAGUCAUUUUUAGCUAAGCACAGUGACAAAAUGACAGACGAAGAGAGAAAUGAAAUGGAAAAGCAAGUCAGAUCCCUCCAGGAGAGCUACAGCUUGUUAUCCAAUGAAGCUUUGAAGCAGCUGCAGGAGGAACAGUAUCUGGGUGAUGAAAAGAUGGAAGAAAAGGUGAAUAAAGUCAUUGCUGGUGUCAUUGACCAAACAACUGGACAAGUCCUUUCGGUCUUUCAGUCUAUUUUAAAAGGUUUUAUUGACUAUGACACUGGAAUUAGAUUGCUUGAGAAUCAGCUGAUCCUUUCUGGAAUAAUUUCUCCAGAAUUAGGAGUAUGUUAUGAUUUGGAAGAAGCUAAAGCUCAUGGCUUGAUUGAUGAGCAGACUCUGUCACAGUUGCAGGAAUUAAGUAGUUCAAAGAAGCUUAUUUCAGAAUCAACACUAUCAAAUAUUCCAGUUGUGUCAGCUUUACAACAAGGUCUAAUUUCAGAAGCUUUGGCUAUCAAAAUUCUUGAGAAUCAGCUUUCAAGUGGGCACUUGAUUUUACCAUCUACUGGCGAAAACCUGACUUUGCAGACUGCUUUCCAGAGAAACCUGAUUACUCCAACAUUAUAUAAAAAGCUUUUGGAAAGACAAGACACAUGUAAAGAUCUCAUAGACCCAAACUGUGCUGAGAAGAUUUCGCUUGAACAGAUGCUUCAUAGAAGCAUAAUACAUGAAGAAACAGGAUUAAGACUCCUACCUGUAAAACCACAAGAAAAAGGCAGAAUCAUGUUCAAAUGUGGAAGGAAGAUAACUAUUUUGAGGGCAGCCCAUGAAGGGCUCAUUGAUCGGGAAACAAUGUUCAGGCUACUGGGUGCUCAGUUAGUGUCGGGAGGUUUAAUUGAUCCUGACUCAGGGAAGCGAAUGACUGUGGAAGAGGCCAUGAGACAAGGGCUGAUAGAUCAGGACACUGCUUGUGGGAUCCUCACACAUCAGGUUCAGACUGGUGGAAUCCUUUGUCCAAAUUCAGGAGAGCGCUUGACUGUUGAUGAAGCUGUGCAGUGCAACUUGAUAUCAUCUACCAGUGCUCUGCUGGUAUUAGAAGCACAGAGAGGCUUUGUUGGACUGAUUUUUCCUCACACUGGUGAAAUAUUCCCCAUAUCAACAUCUUUGCACCAAGAGAUGAUAACAAAUGAGCUGGCAUUCAAAAUACUAAAUAAUAGACAGAAAAUAGCUGCACUUUACAUUCCAGAAACUUGUGAAAUAGUCAGUCUAGAUGAGGCUGCACAAUCAGGGAUAGUAGAUAUUAAUACUGUAUCUGUUUUGACCAAUGUGACUUUACCAGAUGAAAUGCCCAAUGUAGAAGAAUUAGAGUCCCCUUGUAAAAAUGCUGCAAGGUGGUUAUCAAUAUAUGAAUUCUUGCCAUCUGUAUGUCCUGACCGUGAGGAGGAACACGAAGAUUCUGGCACAGAAGACCCUGUAUGUCGUAAUUUAGAUCAAGCUAAGAAAUUAUUCAUGUCUUAUCUGAUGGUAAAUAGUUAUAUGGAUGCAAACACUGGAGGAAGACUUUUAUUAUAUGAUGGACAGCUGCAAGAAGCCAUCAAUAUGUUGCUGGAAGGUGAUGGUGCUGCAUGCAAUGCUGAUGUGUCAGAAAUGGAGUUUCGUAACAAGUGUAUAAGCCCAAAAGGACUUAAGCUAAAAUCAGCUGGCAGUGUCCACUUUAAUAAUGUUAUGGGCAGUGUUCAGGGUGAUUGUUCAGGUGCUGAGAAUGUGUCUAAUAACAGGAAAUUAAAUCAGUCUGAAGAUUUGGGCAAUUACAUAUCUUUACAGGGAGAAGAUCUCCAUGUGUGUAGACCAGGUGUUUGCAAUGCUAUUGGUACUGAGCAAUCAGAAUAUACACAGUUGUCAACUAAUCCUACAGAGCUUAGAAAAAUAGUAAGUAGCACUCAAAAUUCCAUGAACAGAAAUGCACUCAGAGGUUUCCUGGAGGUUUCUGAGUGGACAGAACUGUGUAAGCAUAACAAGCAGAAGGCAAAUUCAGAAAACCUUGAAGGAUAUCUUCCAAAUGAUGCAAAUCCAAAUCUGAUUUCAGAAACAGAGGAGGAGACUUGUAUGGCAGACAGUCUGCCUAAUGAAAAAAGGAAUGAUAAAAUCUUACAAAAUUCCUUGGGUGUGAAUGAUUUGUCAGAUAAUGAAACCUGGAGAGAGCUGGAAAUGUGCACAAAAUAUGAGCCUCACAUUCAGCAAGCUGAAAAUAGCACAGCGAUACUGGAUAGCAGCAGGAAAGAGGAUUUCCAGAGAAGUCUUGGUUCAUGUGUAAGUGCAGAUACUAAAUACAUACUUCCAGAAGAAUUGGUUCAUCUAUGUGGCAACACGCUACAGUUUGAAGACAAUGGGUAUAGUGAGCAACCUCUUCAAGACUACACUGAUUUACAUAACAGGCCAUCCCUGGAGGACUAUCUUUAUAUACAUGGCAGGCCAUCCUUGGAGGAUUGUACUGAUUUGCGGAGUAAGCUGUGUCUGCAAGAUAGUGGAGACAUGCGCUGCAGUCCUUUGUUGGAUGGUGACACUGUUAUACAGAGUGGACCACCCGUGGGGAACAGCAACAGCAUGGCACAAGGGCUAGCAGCAGAAGAAAGCAGUCAGUUCAGCCAGUUACUGCCGUGUGACAGUAGUUCUGACUCAUCAGUAGAAGGGAGUGAUGGCAUCCCACAGUUUGAAAGGAACUGCUUGCAGCAUGAAUGUGGCGAGGUAACCUCUGAAGAGAGCAGCUCUCAGUUUGAUGAUGGUGACGAUGAUGCCUAUGAAACACCUCAGGUUGGUGAUGAUGAUAGUGAUGUAUAUGAUACUCCCCAAAUUGAUGAUGAUGAUUCUUAUGGCACUCCUCAAGGUGAUGAUGGUGUUGAUACCUUGCAUUUGGGGGAUGAUGAUACACCAGAGACAGAAUUAUCUAGAACAUCAGUUCCAUUGGGUUUUUCACAAGAGAAGAGUGGUCUAAUAACCCUGAGAGAAGACACUGGUUCUUUUCAAGAACUUGCAACUAACUCUGGAGAGGGUGUCUGUGUAAAUCUGACAGGCCCAACUGAGAGCAUAAAUAUAGUUUCUGCAAGUGUUGAAGCUGUGGAAAGAAUCCCUGAGGAGGAAAGGGAAAGAAAAGAGAGCUUUGGAGAGAAGGAGCAAAAGUUACCAGUUACACUGGAGACCGAAGGAAGAAAGGAGGGAGGCCUUACUUCUUUACAGAAGUAUGAAGCAGAAGUACAAAACAGAAAUGAGGAAGAUGAAAUGAAACCAGAAAGUGACUCUGAAGAUGAAUCUGAAGGAACAUGGGAGGAGGAAGAUUAUGAGGAGGAUUAUGAUAGUUAUGAUGACUCUGACACUGAUUCUGAGAGUGAUGAAGAAAUGGGUGUUUUUAACGCACACCAUCAAUGUAUAAACAAAGGUGACCAACUGUUAAUUUCGUUAGGAGACAUAGAAGAUGACAAUGAAAAUAAUCAGAAUAUUGAUGACUGUUGCUAUCCUUCAGGCCACAAGACAGGGUAUACUUUGCAGUUCCAGUCUAACUAUGAAAAUGGAAAACUAUCCUCAGGAAAAUGUGAAUUUGCAUCAAGUGUUCCUGAGGAAAGAUCUAUUGGUCUUACAAAUGAAGAAGACAGACAGCAGCAAACAGAAAAUAAAUAUGGGACUUGUAUCAGAAGUAAACACAUGUCAGAAGAUACUACUGGGCCUAUUCAGUCUGAAAAUAUCUUUGAUACUAAAUGGAUGUCCCGUAAGUAUGAAGAAGAUAAUAAAACACUGCCUAAUGUUCCAAGCUUUCAGCUUCUUGAUGAUACUGUGACAUCUGACAUUGGUGCAGCAGCCUUCAUAAUUACAAAAAAACCUACUGACGAUGGUGAAAGUACUCGGACAAGUUCAUCCCAAAUGGACAGUAAAUUUCUUAUGGAUAUGCCUUCUGUGAGUGAUGGUGAUAGUUCUCUCAGUGAUCAAGUACAUCCACUCAACAGCAGGAAGUAUGAUCAAAUAGGAAGAGAUUUUGAAAUUCCUACAGAAAAGAAAGCUAGAGUAAAUAUUAUGGAGGAAUGUGAUAUCGUGGGGCUAAGUGGAAGUCCCAUUCAGAUGGAAAGCCUUGGGGAAAUAUUUGAUGCAUCAGUAAUUAAAGCUGAUGGAGAAACUCCUGUUUCAAGUAAGGAAAAAGCAAAUGUUGAUCAAGCUUUGUUUAAUGUUGGAUGUGAUGUGGAAUCAGGUGAACUUAAGAGAGAUUUUAACAUUUCCACUUCUUUAAAAGUAUAUGCCACAAACAUAAAAGAAGGUAGCCAUUCAGAAUUGGUUAAAACUGAAUCCUGUUGCUUUGAGGACAGGGAAAGAAGGGAAAAGGGUAGACAGAAUGAAAAGGAUUUUCUGCUAAAUAGAGAUGAAAUGCAUUCAAGUGAAUUUAACACUUAUUCUUUUCCCUCAACUGAUAGAGUGAAACUAAAGGAAAUGAGUAUAACUACAGAAACAGGGAGAGUUAUCUGUCAAAAUACUAAUAAUGUUCUUGAAGGCUUUUCAGAAAACGAGAGGAGCAAUGAUACUGAAUUUUCCCCCGUAAAAGCAGAUGCUUUAGGAAGUAUUGAGGAUGCCAAAGAAUCAGGGGAUGGGAGUGUCCCGCUGAAAAACACAAAGGGAGAAAAUGUCAUGGCCUGUGAGACCCCUUCCCUUGGAAAUGGUUUCAAAAAACAAAGGUCCAUGGAGUCAUUAGAAAAGGAAAUGGGACCCUGCAAAGAUUUUCCAGUAAAGGAAUGUAUUUCACAAUCACCAGAAAUGUCUGACACAAUAAUGGAAGACUUAAAGAAUGUAUUACAAAGGAAAUUGAAAACGGGACAUGUUUGUAAACAGGAGGGUGAACCCCUCAGUUACUCCGAUACCAAAAUUUUAAUGGAAAGUUUACUUAAAAUGGUGAGAAGCACCCAGCUUGGGAGUGACAUAUCUAGUGAAUCAAAUCUCAAGCAAAUCAGUAAUGCUGUUAGAACUGCAUUAACGGUUACCACACCGUGUCCACAGCCCAAGGACAGUGAUGCUCUUUCAUCCCUUUGGCCUGAUUGCAGAAGUCCUGAUCUUCUUCGUGAUAUUCUGAAGCAGGAAUCCUGCAAGCAAAAGAUGGAUGAUCCAAGUGAAAGAAAGAGCAAAACAGGCGUGAAAGCUCCUCUUCCAAAACUUACUACUUCUGAGCUUCUGGAGAUUUUUCAAAUCUCACCUGGAGCUGAAAGUGCAAGCAAGUUAGAGGAGCUGAUAAGUGGUUUGCUUACAAGCUCACAGAUUGCUGGUAUCGCCACAGAACAGGAGGGUAAAGGCAAAGUAGAUGGGCUUUGUACUCUUUUCUCAACAGAACAAUCAGAGUUUGGAUCAGAAAUUGCUAAAGAGAAAAGACUGGCAGAUGACACAGACUUUGCUUGGAAAAGUGACCAGGAGCUUGGGAAGAUAGAGAGCUUGGCCAAAGGCUUUACUGAGCCUCUUCUUGAAACUAAAGCAGCCAUCCUGGGAGACACCCCACCUAGCACGGUCAAUGGAGUACAGCAAUGUUUAAAGUUAACAGAGAAAAUGCAAGAGCAUUUGGCGGUGCUUCAAGAUAUGAAAAGCCAACUAGAUAACCAGCAGCCUAUUAGUAACAACCUGGAAAUACUAAAAGAUGAACUAGAACAACUAGAGUCCUUUGAAUCAGGACUGGCUACCUUUGCAAUUAUCCUAAAGAAGGACAUGAAGUUGACAGAAGAGUUUUUAAAGUUUUGUCACAGGGAUAUUCCUGAAGAGAAACUUAAAGAGCUAAAGAUAAGCUAUGAUUGUUUGCGGGAAGCAUUUUUGGUUGUCUGUGAAACAUCUUCAAAACGAGCAAAACAAAUAGUCUGUGCUGUUGACUUGGAAAUGUCUAAGCUUGCAGAAUCACACCAGCAACUUCUAAGCAAACUGCAGAGAUUUUCAGACUGGAUUGCAGAACACCAUGAAACUAUAAAUGACUUCAUAGUGAAUAGUAAUGGCAUAGAAGAGAUCAAGAAAAGUUUACAGCUACUUAAAAACAGUGCUGCAGAGCUUGGCAGUAAAAAAAUGCAACUGGAAUCCACUGCGUUCGAUAUUCAGUUCUUCAUUUCUGAACAUGCCCAAGAUCUUUCUCCUAAUCAGAGCAAACAGCUACUGAGGCUCUUAAAUACCACCCAGAAAUCUUUUCAGGAAGUACAGGAAGCGAUAAUAUCUCAAGUGGAAACUUUAGAGACUCAGUUGCAGGCAGCGCAAGAGCUGGGUGAUCAGAAGGAUGUGGCUGAACGGCAGCAGGAAUGCAAAGAGAAACUGCAGGAAAUCUGUGAUUUGCUUACACAGACCGAAAAUCGACUCAUCGGACAGCGAGAGUCUCUUGUUAUUGGAGACAGCAAGGCUGAGCUACAACAAUACCAGACCAAACAGGAGGAGAUACAAAAAGACAUGAGAAUGAGUGCCCAGACACUGGCAGAGAUUGUGAAAAAUACUGAAACCUUCUUGAAAGAGAAUGGAGAAAAGUUGUCACAAGAAGACAAGACUGUUCUUGAACAGAAACUGAAUGAAGCCAAGACAAAGUGUUUACUCCUUAGCCAGAAGGCAGAAGAGUCGAAAAAAGAACUGGAUAAAGCUAUGACAACAGCAAUUAAGCAAGAAACAGAAAAGGUUGCAGCCAUAGAACAGCUGGAAGAAAGUAAAAAUACAAUAGAAAAUCUCUUGGAUUGGUUAUCAAAUGUGGAUAAAGAAGCAGAGCAUGGCCGGAAAUUCAAGCAGGAGAUAGAACAGAAUGGAACACACUUUGAAGAGGGAGAUGUGAAGGCUUUGGAAGGAGAGGAGGAUGAGGUCAAUGGUAAUCUGCUGGAAAUGGAAGACACUGAAACUCAGGUUGAUGGACUAGUAAAAAGCACAGAAGAUAAUCUGAACCAGCAGUAUCAGAAAGUCAAGGCUCAACAUGAGAAAAUUAUUUCGCAGCAGCAGGCUGUCAUCAUAGCAACUCAGUCUGCUCAGGCACUGCUUGAGAAACAAGGGCACCACCUUUCCCCUGAAGAAAAAGACAAGAUGCAAAGGAAUAUGAAAGAGCUGAAGGCUCAGUAUGAGGCUGCUUUAGCUGAAUCAGAACGGAAAAUGAAGUUGACUCGUUCUCUGAGAGAAGAACUUGAGAAAUUUGAUGCGGAUUAUAGUGAAUUUGAAAUCUGGCUGCAGCAGGCAGAACAAGAACUUGGAAAUUUGGAGGCAGGUGCUUCUGACUUCAGUGGUAUUAUGGUCAAACUGAAAAGGCAAAAGAGCUUUUCAGAAGAUGUUAUAUCUCACAAAGGUGAUUUACGGUAUAUUACGAUUUCUGGACAAAGAGUUUUAGAUGCUGCAAGGUCAUGUAGCAAGAGAGAUGGUGUGAAGGUGGACAAAGAUGGUAUUGAUACUUCAGCUACAUAUGCUGAAGUGCAAAAUAAACUGGAUAGUGCUUCAGAUCGUUUCAAAUCUCUCUAUACUCAGUGUAGCAUCCUUGGAAAUAACCUUAAAGACCUGGUGGAUAAAUACCAGCAUUAUGAAGAUGCCUCAUCUGGACUUCUGUCAGGUCUCCAGGCCUCUGAAAUAGCUGUGAACAAACAACUGUCAGAGCCAAUUGCAGUGGAUCCCAAAAAUCUCCAAAGACAACUAGAAGAAACCAAGGUUCUCCAGGGACAAGUGUCUAACCACCAAAUUGCUGUAGAAAAACUGAAAAAAGCUGCUGAAGUGUUGUUGGAUACAAGGGGGGAGUUGACACCAGACAAAGAUGAGAUUCAGAAAACACUGGAUGAUAUUGUGGAGAGAUAUGACAAUUUAUCCAAGUCUGUGAAUGACAGGAAUGAGAAGCUCCAAAUAACUUUGACACGAUCCCUGAGCGUGCAGGAUGGUUUGGAUGAAAUGCUGGAUUGGAUGGAAGGUGUUGAGAAGAGCCUUGAAGAGCAUGAUCAAGUGCCUUUGAAUUCUUCUGCUAUUCAGGAUAUUAUUAGUAAAAGCAUUAUGCUAGAACAAGACAUUGCGGGUCGCCAAAGCAGUAUAAACACUAUGAAUGAAAAGGUGAAGAAGUUCACGGAAACAGCAGAUCCAUCCACUGCAUCUACACUGCAAGCUAAGAUGAGGGAACUUGCAGGCCGGUUUUCUGAAGCAAGUAACAAGCAUAAAGCGAAGCUUAUGAAAAUGGAGGAAUUGAAGACUAAAGUAGAGUUAUUUGAAGAUCUGUCAGAAAAGCUGCAGUCAUUUCUAGAUGAGAAAAACCAGGCACUCAGUGAGACAGAGGCACCAAGAAAAGAUGUUAGUGAAGUGUCUCAAUAUAUGCAGGAAGCUAGUGUAGAAUUGGCACAGCAUAAGAAGGAUCUGGAAGUUUUGCAGCAGCUUCUUGAAGAACUUUCAUUCCAUGCUCUUCCUGGAGAUAAAGCAUUGGUAUUAGAAAAAGUAAAUGCUUUAUCAAAGAAAUUCAGAGAGGUAGAGGAGACUGUAAAGGAAAAAGAAGAGGAUGUAUCGUCUUGUCAGAAGCAAAUGGAUGAUUUCGAGCUUCUUGUAGAAUCAUUAAAGAAAUGGAUAAAAGAGAUGACAGAACGAAUUCCAGCAGCACAACCCUCUCUGAAUACAGAGGAGUUAAAGAAACCUUUGGAAGAUACAUUGAAUUUGAAAGAUGAAUGGACAUCGAAAGCACCUGAACUGCAGAAAAUGAACAGCAGAGGAACAUUGCUGUGUAAUCUAAUUACUGCUGUGACUUCUCCUGCCAAACUGAGAGCAGCUGCAAAAUCAGGUGGCACAAUGUUAAAUGGUGAAGGAGGAGCUCCAGGAACUCAUGAUUUCCUGAAAAAUAAAGAACUGACAGCUGUUCAACAAGCCAUGUCUGGUGUAAAUCACAGUUAUGAAGAUUUGGGAAUUUUACUGAAGGAAAAGAUUUCAGAACUAGAAAGUAUGCUUUCAAAAAUGCAGAAUAUUCAGGAAGAAUCGACCUCAAUGAUGCAGUGGUUGCAAAAAAUGGACAAAACUGCAUCAGAUUGGGAAGCUGCUCCGACUGAUAGUGAAGCAGUUAAAGCCCAAGUCGAGCAACAUAAGCUUUUUGAAACAGAAUUGAAGCAAAGUGCGAAUAAAGUGCAGGAACUAAAGGACAAAGUGACAGAACUGUUGGAGAAGAACCCUGACUCUCCUGAGGCACCCAAGUGGAGACAAAUGUUGGAUAAAAUAGAUUCCAAAUGGAAAGAGCUCAAUCAAGUUACAUCUGAGAGACAACAAAAACUGGAGGAGUCUUCAAAUUACCUGACCCAGUUCCAAACAGCAGAAGCUCAGCUGAAGCACUGGCUUGUAGAAAAGGAGCUAAUGGUCAGCGUGCUGGGACCGCUGUCAAUUGAUCCUAAUAUGCUGAAUACACAAAAGCAACAGGUUCAGAUUCUGCUCCAAGAGUUUGACACUAGAAAGCCGCAAUACGAGCAGUUAACUAUGGCUGGUGAAGGGAUUCUGAAGAGACCUGGUGAACAUCCACCCUCCCAUGAAAUUGUAAAAGAGCAACUGGCAGCCGUGGCACAAAAAUGGGACAGUCUAACUGGCCAGCUGAGGCACAGAUGUGACCGAAUUGACCAAGCCAUUGUAAAAAGCACGGAGUAUCAAAGUCUGCUCAGAAGUCUGUCCGAUAAAUUAAGUGCCUUGGAUAGCAAACUAAGCAGCAGCCUGGCUGUGAGUACACAACCUGAUGCUGUGAAACAACAACUGGAAAUUGCUCGAGAAAUGAAGGAGGAAAUAGAACAGGAAAUGAAGAACAUAAAUGCAGCUCAAGCUCUUUGUGAAGAGCUGUCAGCACUGGUUGAAGAAGAGUAUUUGAAAGCAGAACUUACAAGACAGUUAGAUGGCAUCUUAAAAUUGUAUAAGGAUAUUGAGCAAAAAUCAGAUAACCAUGUUCAACAACUUCAGUCAGUCUAUGCCACGUCUCAUCAGUUCCAGCAAAUGUCUAAGGACUUCCAGACCUGGCUAUGCAAAAAGAAAGAAGAGCUAAACCAGGCUCGUCCUGUAUCAGCCAAACUUGAUGUCUUGCAGUCACUAAUUGAAGAACAGAAAGAUUUUAAGAAGACCAUUACUGAUCAGAUUAGUUCAUAUGAAAGAAUUGUUGCAGAAGGAGAAAGUAUCUUACAGAAGACUCAGGGAGCUGACAAAGCAGCACUACAAUCCCAAAUUGCCACACUCAGAAGUAACUGGGAUGAAAUGAAUAAUCAGGUAAAAGAAAGGCAAGAUAAAUUAACAGAUUGUCUGGAGAAAGCCCUCAAAUACAAACAGCAUGUAGAAAACCUGCAGCCGUGGAUAGAGAAGUGUCAAAGCAACCUGUGUGAAUUAAAAGUUGGCAUAAACCCUGUUGAAAUAGAGAAUUCUAUUGUUCAGGUGAGGGCCUGGCAGAAGGACCUAGAUAAACACCAUGGGAUAGUGGAGCUAUUAAAUAAUACUGCUGAAAGUUUGCUCAGUGCAAGUCAAACAGAUAAAGAAAUAGUUCAAGAAGAAACUAAGGUGCUGAAUCAGAUAGUAAACGUGGUUACAGAACAGCUACAUAAGAAGAGAGAGUGCUUGGAAAAUACGGCACAAAGGCUGAAAGAGUUUCAGCAAUCAACCAGGGAAACUGAAAAACAGCUUAGAAGUACCAAAGAGCAUCUGGAAGCUCAUGACUCACUUGGACCUCAGUCAUUCAGUAGCAAACACCUGACGAUGAUGCAGGCCCAGCAGAAAGCCUUGCAGGCUUUAAAGCCUCAUGUUGAUUUAGCAAAAAGGCUUGCCCAAGAUCUGGUGGUAGAGGCUUCUGAUUCAGCAGGUGUUUCUGACCUUUUGCUCCAAGCUGAAUCUUUGGAGCAAGAAUACACUGCAGUGAACCAGCAGGUUGAAGAUAGAUGCUCCUUCUUAGAGACAAAACUUCAGGGAAUCGGCCAUUUCCAAAACAGCAUCCGAGAGAUGUUCUCUCAGUUUGCAGAGUUCGAUGAUGAACUUGAUAGCAUGGCUCCAGUGGGGAGAGAUCUCAAGGUACUGCAGUCACAGAGAGAGGACAUUAAAUGUUUCCUGAAAAAGCUGGAGGAUCUUAUAAUGAAUAAUGAAAAUGCUAAUAAAAACUGUAAAAUGAUGCUAGCCACAGAAGCUGAAGCUUCUCCUGAUCUUGUUGGUAUAAAAAGAGACUUGGAAGCUUUAAACAAACAGUGCAACAAGCUACUAGACAGAGCAAAAGCCAGGGAAGAUCAAGUGGAGAGUACUAUUAGCCGUGUUGAGGAGUUUUACAGUAAGCUGAAAGAAUUUUCCAGUCUGCUUGGGAGAGCCGAAGAACAUGAAGAGUCACAAGGUCCUGUUGGAAUGGAAACAGAGACUAUUAAUCAGCAGCUGGAUACAUUCAAGGUAUUCCAGAAAGAAGAAAUUGAACCUCUUCAGGUGAAACAACAGGAGGUAAAUUGGUUGGGUCAAGGCCUUAUUCAAAGUGCUGCUAAAAGUACCAACACAGAAAACCUUGAACAUGACCUUGAAGAUGUCAACACCCGAUGGAAGACUCUUAAUAAGAAGGUUGCCCAGCGUGCUGCUCAGCUACAGGAAGCCCUUCUUCACUGUGGGAGGUUUCAGGAUGCCCUCGAAUCUCUGCUUAGCUGGCUCAUUGAUACAGAAGACCUUGUGGCUAAUCAGAAACCACCAUCUGCUGAAUUCAAAGUUGUGAAGGCCCAAAUACAAGAACAGAAACUUCUCCAGAGGCUGCUGGAUGACCGCAAGCCUACUGUUGAGGUAAUCAAACGUGAAGGGGAGAAAAUUGCAGAGUCAGCAGAACCUGCUGAUAGAGUGAAAAUCUUGAAACAGUUGAGUUUCCUGGAUAGUCGAUGGGAUGCAUUGCUCAGUAAAGCUGAAACAAGGAACCGUCAAUUGGAAGGCAUCUCAGUGGUAGCGCAGCAGUUUCAUGAAGCUCUGGAGCCACUGGUGGAGUGGUUGACCGCCACAGAGAAGAGGCUUGCAAAUGCAGAACCCAUUGGAACGCAGGCCUCCAAAUUGGAGCAGCAAAUUUCUCAGCAUAAAGCCCUAGAAGAUGAUGUCCUAGCUCACAGUAAGAGUUUACAUCAGGCCAUUAGCACUGGUCAGACACUAAAGACUAUGAGCUCCAGGGAAGAUAAAGAUAUGGUGCAGGAAAAGCUAGAUUCUUCUCAGGCCCGAUACAUUGAGAUUCAAGAGAAGAGCAACAGCAGGUCUGAACUUCUCCAGCAAGCUUACAGCAAUGCUCAGAUUUUUGGGGAGGAUGAAGUUGAACUGAUGAACUGGCUGAAUGAAGUCCAUGAUAAACUGAGCAAAUUGUCAGUCCAAGAUUGCAACACAGAACUGCUUGAGAAACAGCACUCUGAACUACUGGAUCUUCAGGAAGAGAUUCUUCUUAGAAAACAAAAUGUUGAUUUGGCUAUACAAAAUGGUUUAGAGCUUCUGAAGCAAACAACAGGUGAUGAAGUUGUAAUAAUUCAAGAUAAACUGGAAGGCAUUAAAGCAAGAUACAAAGACAUUACAAAAUUGUGUUCUGAUGUAUCCAAGACCUUAGAGCACGCUCUGCAGCUUGCAGGUCAACUGCACUCAACUCACGAACAGCUCUGCAAAUGGCUUGAUGAAGUGGAGGUGGAGUUACUGUCCUAUGAAACUCAGUUACCAACGGGUGAAGAGUUAAGCCAAGUACAAGAAAGACAAAAAGAGCUGAAAAAAGAAGCAAAGAACAACAAAGGUUUGCUGGACACUCUGAACGAAGUUGGCAGUGCCUUCCUGGAGCUGGUGCCAUGGAGGGCCAGAGAGGGGCUUGACAAGAUGAUAACAGAAGACAACGAACGAUACAGAUUAGUGAGUGACAGGAUCGCUCAGAAGGUGGAUGAGAUUGAUGCUGCCAUCCUGAGAUCCCAGCAGUUUGAUCAAGCAGCUGAUGCUGAAUUUGCCUGGAUUGCAGAAACAGAAAAGAAACUAAUGUCUCUGGGUGAUAUUAGGCUUGAGCAAGACCAGACCACAGCUCAGCUACAAGUUCAAAAGGCUUUUACCAUGGAGAUUCUGAGGCACAAAGAUAUUAUAGAUGAACUUGUUAAAUCUGGGGAUAAGAUUAUGAAUACGUGCACUGAAGAAGAGAAGGAGACCAUGAAGAAAAAAAUGGAAAGCCUUUUACAGAAAUAUGAUGCAGUCUGUCAAAUGAACUCUGAGAGAAACCUCCAGCUGGAACGGGCUCAGUCCCUGGUUAACCAGUUCUGGGAGACUUAUGAAGAGCUUUGGCCAUGGUUAACUGAAACAGAAAUGAUCAUCUCUCAGCUUCCUGCUCCAGCCCUCGAAUAUGAGACUUUAAAGCAACAACAAGAAGAGCACAGGCAACUGCGUGAGCUGAUCGCUGAGCACAAGCCUCAUAUAGAUAAGAUGAACAAAACUGGGCCUCAGUUGCUGGAGCUGAGCCCAGGAGAAGGUUUUUCUAUCCAAGAGAAAUAUGUGGCAGCUGACACCCUUUACGGUAAAAUUAAGGAAGAUGUCAAAAAGCGAGCACUGGCACUGGAUGAAGCCAUUUCUCAGUGUACCCAGUUUCAUGACAAGAUAGAUCCAACUCUUGAGAGUCUGAAACGCAUAGUUGAACGUCUGAGGCAGCCACCUUCAAUCUCAGCAGAGGUCGAGAAGAUUAAAGAGCAAAUCAGUGAAAAUAAGAAUGUGUCGGUGGAUCUGGAAAAGCUUCAACCAGUGUAUGAGACACUUAAACAGAGAGGGGAGGAAAUGAUUGCUCGUUCAGAGGGAGCUGAUAAGGAUAUAUCUGCUAAAGCUGUUCAGGAUAAACUAGACCAAAUGGUCCUCAUUUGGGGAGACAUCCAGACUUUGACGGAGGAAAGGGAGGCCAAAUUGCUGGAUGUAAUGGAACUGGCUGAAAAGUUUUGGUGUGAUCAUAUGGCUCUUGUAGCUACUAUUAAAGAUACUCAGGACUUCGUUCGAGAACUGGAGGGACCUGGAGUUGACCCGUCUGUAGUGAAGCAACAGCAAGAGGCUACUGAGGCUGUUAAAGAAGAAAUUGAUGGACUACAAGAAGAACUAGAAGCAGUUGUGAGCCUUGGCUCUGAGCUUAGAGCUGCUUGUGGAGAGCCUGACAAACCUAUUGUCAACAAGAGUAUAGAUGAGCUGAAUUCUGCCUGGGAUGCCUUAAACAAAACCUGGAAAGAACGGGUGGACAAGCUUGUUGAAGCCAUGCAGGCAGCUGUGCAGUAUCAAGAUGGGCUGCAGGCAAUAUUUGACUGGGUAGACAUUGCUGGCAGCAAGUUAGCAUCUAUGUCCCCAGUUGGAACAGAUCUGGAGACAGUAAAGCAGCAAACCGAGGAACUUAAGCAAUUUAAGACAGAAGCUUAUCAGCAACAGAUAGAAAUGGAAAGAUUGAACCAUCAGGCAGAAUUAUUGCUGAAGAAGGUAACAGAAGAGAGUGACAAGCACACUGUUCAAGACCCUCUCUCAGAGCUCAAACUAAUGUGGGACAGCCUAGAAGAAAAAAUUAUAAAUAGACAGCACAAGCUGGAAGGUGCCUUGUUAGCCUUGGGGCAGUUCCAGCACGCCCUGGAUGAGUUACUGACGUGGCUGACGCAUACAGAGGACUUGCUGAAUGAACAGAAACCUGUGGGUGGAGACCCCAAGGCUAUUGAAAUUGAACUUGCCAAACAUCAUGUGCUACAAAAUGAUGUUUUAGCUCAUCAGUCUACAGUGGAAGCAGUUAAGAAAGCAGGAAAUGACCUGAUGGAAUCAAGUGCUGUUGAAGAAGCAAGUAAUUUACGGAGCAAGUUGGAACUCCUGAAUCAGCGCUGGCAAAAUGUGUUGGAAAAAACAGAGCAAAGGAAACAGCAGCUGGACAGUGCCUUGAUCCAGGCCCAAGGUUUCCAUGGUGAAGUUGAAGAUCUGCAGCAAUGGCUGACAGACACUGAACGUCAGCUGUUGGCAUCAAAACCUGUUGGAGGCUUACCAGAAACAGCAAGAGAGCAGCUUAAUACCCAUAUGGAACUUUGUGCUGCCUUUGAAGCCAAAGAAGAGACAUACAAGUGUCUAAUGCAGAAAGGCCAGCAGAUGCUUGCAAGAUGCCCAGAGUCUGCUGAAACAAAUGUUGAGCAGGACAUAAAUAACUUAAAAGAAAAAUGGGAAUCGGUACAAACAAAGCUCGGUGAAAGAAAAACCAAACUGGAAGAAGCCCUCAAUUUAGCUAUGGAGUUCCACAACUCACUGCAAGAUUUCAUCAAUUGGCUUACUCAGGCUGAGCAAACUCUAACUGCAGCUUCUCGGCCAAGUCUUAUCUUGGACACUGUCUUGUUUCAAAUUGAUGAACACAAGGUUUUUGCCACAGAAGUGAAUUCUCAUCGAGAUCAGAUCAUAGAGCUGGACAAAACUGGAACGCAUUUGAAAUAUUUCAGCCAGAAACAGGAUGUUGUCCUCAUUAAGAAUCUGCUGAUUAGUGUACAGAGUCGAUGGGAAAAAGUAGUUCAACGCUUAGUUGAAAGGGGAAGAGCUUUGGAUGAUGCAAGGAAAAGAGCGAAACAGUUCCAUGAUGCCUGGCACAAACUUAUGGAAUGGCUGGAAGAGUCAGAGAAAUCUUUGGACUCAGAUCUUGAAAUUGCAAAUGACCCUGACAAAAUAAAGAUGCAGCUUGCACAGCAUAAGGAAUUCCAGAAAUCUCUUGGUGCCAAACAUUCUGUGUAUGAUACUACAAAUAGGACUGGACGCUCCUUGAAAGAGAAAACCACCUUGGCUGAUGACAAUCUGAAACUUGACGAUAUGCUGAGUGAACUAAGGGAUAAGUGGGAUACAAUUUGUGGAAAAUCAGUGGAAAGACAAAAUAAACUGGAGGAAGCCCUGUUAUUUUCAGGACAAUUUACUGAUGCUCUCCAAGCUCUCAUUGACUGGUUAUACAAAAUUGAACCUCAGCUGGCGGAAGAUCAGCCAGUACAUGGAGACAUUGAUUUAGUGAUGAACUUGAUUGACAAUCACAAGGUUUUCCAGAAGGAGCUGGGAAAAAGAACAAGCAGUGUCCAGGCUCUGAAGCGCUCUGCCAGAGAGCUGAUAGAAGGCAGUCGCGAUGACUCCUCGUGGGUGAAGGUCCAAAUGCAGGAGCUAAGCACUCGGUGGGAGACAGUUUGUGCCCUGUCAGUAUCCAAGCAAACACGACUGGAACAGGCCCUUCGGCAGGCAGAAGAAUUCCACUCUGUUGUCCAUGUCCUUUUGGAGUGGCUGGCCGAGGCAGAGCAGGCUCUUCGUUUCCACGGGGUCCUUCCAGAUGAUGAGGAGGCCUUACGUACACUGAUAGACCAGCACAGGGAAUUUAUGAAGAAACUGGAAGAGAAAAAGGCUGAACUGAAUAAAGCAACAGGUAUGGGAGAAGCUAUCCUAGCUAUCUGCCACCCAGACUCCAUCACCACCAUUAAGCACUGGAUAACAAUCAUCAGAGCCAGGUUUGAAGAGGUCUUAGCGUGGGCUAAACAACAUCAACAGAGACUGGCAGGAGCUCUGGCUGGACUUAUUGCUAACCAGGAAUUGCUGGAAGCCUUGCUGUCCUGGUUGCAGUGGGCAGAGACUACGCUUACUGAAAAAGAUAAAGAGAUUAUCCCCCAAGAGAUUGAGGAAGUUAAAGCACUUAUAGCUGAACAUCAGACAUUCAUGGAGGAAAUGACCAGAAAACAACCUGAUGUGGAUAAAGUUACCAAGACCUAUAAAAGAAAGGCACUUGAACCGUCUCCAGUACAAUCUCAUAUUCCUGUCCUUGAUAAGGGGAGAGCAGGAAGAAAGCGUUCCCCAACACCAGGCAUUUAUCCAUCAGCAGCCCAGGCGCAAAUCGAAACCAAGAAUCCCCGGGUAAACCUUUUAGUCAGCAAAUGGCAGCAGGUCUGGCUUUUGGCCUUGGAAAGAAGAAGAAAACUUAAUGAUGCCUUGGACAGACUUGAAGAGCUGAGAGAAUUUGCCAACUUUGAUUUUGAUAUUUGGAGGAAAAAAUACAUGCGGUGGAUGAACCAUAAGAAGUCUCGUGUGAUGGACUUCUUUAGGAGGAUUGAUAAAGAUCAGGAUGGAAAGAUAACAAGGCAGGAAUUCAUCGAUGGAAUUCUUUCUUCAAAAUUCCCAACAAGCCGACUUGAAAUGAGUGCUGUUGCAGACAUUUUUGAUAGAGAUGGUGAUGGAUAUAUUGACUAUUAUGAAUUUGUAGCAGCUCUCCAUCCAAACAAGGAUGCAUACAAGCCUCUCACAGACGCUGACAAAAUUGAAGAUGAGGUUACAAGGCAGGUAGCUAAAUGUAAAUGUGCAAAACGGUUUCAAGUGGAACAGAUUGGGGAUAACAAGUACAGGUUCUUCCUGGGAAAUCAGUUUGGUGACUCUCAACAACUACGCCUUGUUCGUAUCCUAAGAAGUACUGUCAUGGUUCGUGUUGGAGGUGGCUGGAUGGCACUUGAUGAGUUCUUGGUGAAGAAUGAUCCUUGCAGGGUUCAUCAUCACGGGAGUAAAAUGUUACGUUCGGAAUCAAACUCUUCAAUUACCACUCAGCCUACUAUAGCUAAAGGGAGGACAAAUGUGGAGCUGCGUGAGAAGUUCAUUUUGGCAGAUGGUGCCAGUCAGAGCAUGGCGGCUUUCCGACCGAGGGGCCGGAGAUCACGACCCUCUUCAAGGGGCGCUUCUCCCAACAGAUCCACCUCUCUGUCAAGUCAAGCUGGCCAGGCAGCUUCCCCACAAGCAGUUGCUACAAGUACACCAAAGACACCCCAUCAUUUAACACGCAACUAUGGUAAACCAUGGUUGACAAACAGCAAAACGUCAACUCCUUCUAAGCCACCAGAAUCCUCAGACUAUCAAGGGUCAUCUGCAGAGGGAACACCAAUUCAAGGAAGUAAACUCAGGAUGCCAGGAUAUCUGUCAGGGAAGGGUUUCCAUUCUGGAGAAGACAGUGGCAUCCUGUCAACAGCAGCUACCAGAGUUAGAGCUCAGUUUGCAGAAACCAGAAAAACCCCAAGCAGACCUGGAAGCCGAGCAGGAAGCAAGGCUGGCAGCAGGUCAAGUAGCCGCCGAGGCAGUGAUGCGUCUGACUUUGACAUCUCAGAAAUCCAGUCCGUGUGCUCAGAUAUGUCAGAGACUGUUCCUGCUGCCAGCAGACCGACACCCCGAGCAGGUUCUCGGCCAGGAUCAGCCAAGCCUUCUAAAAUUCCAACUCCCCAGAGAAGGCCGCUAGCCAGCAAAUUGGACAAGUCCUUGAAGAGAUAAUAUGAUUGGCUCCGUAAAGGUCUUUUCCUUUUGCGUUAAGUAUUUAAGUUCGUAAGAUGUAAAAUAUUAUGUAGAAAUUAUUGUGAAAUAUCGCAAGAGGUGGAUUUUUAAUUCUGCAGAUGGCCUUAUUUGUGUAUUUGUCUUCUUAUUUUAUGUGUAUAAUUUUUGUCAGAUUUGUUUUUGUUUAUGCCAUAUCCUGUGAGAAGGGGGAAGAGUUUUAAUGUAAACUAACAGUUGUACACAGUAAUGUGUAGAAAGUACACUAAAAAUAAUUGCCGAAUGUACAGUGUACUGAAUGUACAGUAAGUCUCUGCAACCCGAAUAAAAUAGGCCUGUCACUAUGUCAUUAGUUAACAGUAAAGGAUACCUCAUGAUUUUUCUUUAAAAAAGAAAAAGAGAAUACUAAAAAGCCAAAAGACACAUUUACACACUUUGAGCUGACUAAACAAACACGAAAAGAUGUACGUCAGAGCUACUAAGGAAUACAAGCCCACGUUCACAGUACCCUUAUUUAUACAGCAUCUCUCGGAGAACUCACAGAGUUAAUUAAGCACUCGCCAGUAAUACGAUACUCCAAUACCUUGCAGCGUCUCUGUGCCAUUGCUUUCAAUGAGGCCAGACACAUUCUGGAUACCUGAACUAUUAUUCUGUAAGAAUAUCAAUAUAAAGUGCAUUCAUGUAAAUGUGAGGUUUUCUUUUGCUUGAGUGGAUGGUAGCACUGUAUCAUUGAACUCAUUUUGUAUCAAAGCAAUUUCGCUUGCAGAAAGCUCCGAAAUAAACAUGUCCCUUAACUUUA